GGAGGAGGAUGUCGUGUCGCUGUGGUUUCGCCUGCAGGAAUCCGGGAGGAGAGCGAGCGAGCGCACGCACGCACGCACGCACACGGCCGGCCACGAUGAGCGCUGAGCUUGAGGCGCUGUGACUUUUCGAGAGUCGCCGAGGAGCAAGAAAACAAACUCAAGAAAAAACGAGACGUUGGAAGGCAAACAAGUUGCAGAAUCUCGGAGGAGAUGAACACCAACGAUGCCAAAGAGUAUCUGGCACGGCGGGAGAUACCUCAACUAUUUGAGAGCCUGCUGACGGGUCUGAUGUACUACCGUCCCGAUGACCCAGUGGAUUACCUGGAGGGCUGCCUGAAAAAAGUCCGGGAGUUGGGCGGCCCAGAAAAGGUGCGGUGGGACACGUUCGUGGGCCAGGAGAAGAAGCCGCUGCCCCCCCUCAACGGUGGCCAGUCGCGCCGCUCACUCCUCAGAAACGCGAUGCCCGACAGUCCCAAUUUCCCCUACAGACGUUACGAGCGCCUUCCUCCCAUCAGCCAGUUCUCCAUCGAGAGCGACUCGGACUUGUCGGAGACGGCCGAGCUCAUCGAGGAGUACGAAGUGUUUGAUCCGUCCAGACCACGGCCCAAAGUUAUCCUUGUCAUCGGAGGUCCCGGAAGCGGCAAGGGAACACAGUGCCUGAAGAUCGCCGAGCGUUACGGCUUUCAGUACGUGUCGGUGGGGGAGCUGCUGCGCAAGAAGAUGAUCCACAACGCCACUAGCAACAGGAAGUGGAGCCUGAUCGCUAAGAUCAUCACCAACGGCGAGCUGGCACCGCAGGAGACCACGAUCACCGAGAUCAAGCAAAAGAUCAUGAAAAUCCCAGACGCCAACGGCAUAGUCAUCGAUGGCUUUCGAUGAGACGUCGGGCAGGCCUUGUCCUUUGAGGACCAGAUCUGCACUCCCGACGUGGUGGUGUUCCUGGCGUGCACCACCCACCGCUUGAAGGAGCGCCUGCAGCGGCGGGGCCGAGCACAGGGUCGCCCCGACGACAACCCGAAAGCCAUCGACCGGCGUUUGACCAACUUAAGCAAAACACCUCCCUUGGUCAAGUACUUCCAGGAGCGGGGCCUCAUCGUCACGCUGGACGCGGCUCGUGAUGAAGAGGAGGUGUUCUGUGACAUCAGCGCAACUUUAGAUAACAAGCUCUUUCCCGUCAGAGGGGUCCGCCGCAGUGAGUUUAUCAGGAACCAAGUUCCAAGUGAGCUGGAUCUCAGUAUGCUGCCUGAAUGCAACAUGGGCCACUUUGCUGGAAAGACUGAUGAGGAUGAAGAGGAAGAAGAGCUCGGAUACGCCAAAGAAAGUGAAGAAAGUUUUUGCACACUGCCAAAAAAGCCUAAGGUCAUCUUUUUGAUGGGCGCUGCGGGCUCAGGCAAGCGCGCACAAUGCGAGCGCAUGGAGGACAAACUGGGCCUGCGUCGCGUGUCAAUGGCCGACCUGCUUUGCAGCGAAAUGCAGACUCCAGGCGACAGGGGGCGCCACCUACGGGACAUCCUGCAGAGAGGAGAGCCCCUGCCGGAGGACAUUACCAUGGAUGUGCUGUGCGAGGCUGUCGGAGCAGCAGCAGCAGCAGCAGCAGCAACUAGACGUCAGACAAGGGGCGUGGUGCUAUGCGGCUUCCCCGUAGACCUGAGACAGGCUCAAGUGUACGAGGCCAAGAUGGGUGAGCCCACCGCAGUGCUCCUGCUCAGCUGCUCCACCCAAACUCUCACCAGUCGUCUGCAGAGACGCCGGAGUUUCACUUCGGCCACGGUGUCGCCGACGGUCAAAGACGGUGCCUCGUGCUGGAGGAAUGACAGCUUCUGGGCCGACGCCGAGCCGGUGGUGGAACACUACGAAGAAAAAAAGCUGCUGCACAGGAUUGAUGCCGAGAAGUCACCUGACCAAGUGUUCGCUCAAAUCUGCCAGGUGAUGGAGACCUUUCCCGCUAUUUGAUUUAACGUAUGCACACACACAUACCUGCCGUUCUCCUGGUUUGAUUGUACAGAUUAACAAAGUCCGCUGCACAACACAAAUACUGAUUCCGUCACGCACAGCCCAUCCUUAUGUUUUGUAUGGUAAACAAAAAGCAUGCAUUCACUGUCAAAUAUAAAGGAUCAUUUGUGGACAAAAAAAAUAAUAAUUAAAAAAAAAAAAACAUUUGUACGUCACUAAUUGCUUUUCGCGUUCCUUCUGGUCUCACCCGCAAACCAAUGGUGCGCUCGGGGCACGCACUGGUUCUCCAUUCGGUAAUUCAGUGCUAAAUAAUAUUUACUAAAUAUCAAUGCUUGUCUAAAUAAACAUACACAAUCCAUUAUUGAAUAUUCAGUAAUUAAAUAAAUAUUAGUCUGAUAGAAAGAACUUUAAUGACAUUACUACCUUAUUUAGGUCCCUCAACGCCGAACAUUGCCUCACUUUGUUUGUUUGACAUUCAGCUCUGUGCUUAGAAGUCAUUGUUGUCCACAGAGUGCCCAGCUUCAAUCAAAUGAAAACGCUUUGCCGUUUUAUUCCGCCUUUGUGGAAUUUUCGAAGCAUUUUGAAUCUGGAAAAAACAACUUUUCCCUGAACAUUUCUCAUUCUCGUUAGUGCACCCAAAAACCUGGCCGGGCGGGCAGUUACACCUGGCUGCUAAUUAGAGACCGAUUACGUCAUAUUCUUGCGACUGGAGACCAAAAUGGCAACUCGGUUAGUGAGUAAAUGCCAACGUUUUGAGCGUUUUUUUUUUUUUUAGAAGAAAUACUUGGUGGAUCAACGUUUGAAAAACACUGUGCCAAGUUUAGAUUAGGUUAGGCAAUAAGUUUUGUCUUAUUGGGUUGACUUCCGCUUUAAUAUCUGAGUCUGCUACUUACGUUUCAAUAAAGUUGUGUAUUUGACGAAUUGGACUUUUUGCUAUGUGACAGUGCCCUCUGCUGGUCAAAAGCGCAAUGAUGAAGGCUCUGCCCAAACGUCAUCUCAUGUCAAAUUAAAUAUUCUUCUGAAAUGGU